GCGCCCUCACUGCUCCAUUCAUUGCAUUUAUUUUCUGAUCCAAAUACUGUAACAGAUUGAAAUGGCUGCACAAGCUGAACUUGAGCAUCCCAGAAAAGCAUUCGGAUGGGCAGUUAGGGACCCUUCUGGUUUUUUCUCACCUUUCAAUUUCUCCAGAAGGGAAGCUGGUGAAAAAGACGUUGCAUUCAAAGUGUUGUAUUGUGGGAUAUGUCACUCUGAUCUCCACAACGCAAAGAACGAAUGGGGCACUUCCACCUAUCCACUAGUCCCAGGUCAUGAGGUGACUGGUGUAGUGACAGAAGUGGGAAGCAAAGUAGAAAAGUUCAAAGUUGGGGACAAGGUGGGUGUGGGAUGCUUGGUUGAUUCCUGCCGCAGCUGCCAGAACUGUUCUGACAAUCUUGAGAAUUAUUGUCCACAAUAUACUCUCACGUAUGGUGCCAAAUAUAAAGAUGGUAGCAUCACAUAUGGAGGUUACUCUGAUUCAAUGGUUGCAGAUGAACACUUUGUGGUUCGAAUUCCUGAUGGCCUACCACUUGAUGCUGCUGCACCUCUCCUUUGUGCUGGCAUCACAGUUUAUAGCCCUCUCAGAUAUUUUGCCCGAGACAAACCUGGUCUGCAUGUGGGUGUGGUUGGUCUCGGUGGACUAGGCCAUAUGGCUGUAAUUUUGCAAACUCUGAAAAAAUUAUUGGUCUAUUAUGAACUCUAAUCAUAUUUAGAAGUCAAAUUACAAAACUCAAAUUCAUAUUUUUUAUUUUUAAUAAAUUUUCAACAUGCCUCAAUUUCUAAAAAUUAAAAAAAAAAUAUAUUAGUGGAGUACAAAAUUAUUUGAAGUAAUUGAAAAUGUAGUAUCUAUAUAAUACGAGUGGAAUAAAAAAAAUGUCUAUUAAAAGUUUAUGAUCAAAAUAGUAAAUAAAGAUAAAAUGUUUUUAAAAUAUAAAAUUAUAAUUAAAUAUUUAUUACUAAUGAAUGAAAUUGAUUACUAAUAAAAAAAGAGAGUUAAAACCUAAAAAUAAAACAAAAAAUAUACAACAACUCCGUAAUAAAAUUAUGUGCUAUCAAAAACAGAGGAGGACACUUCAAUAUAGACAACUCACCACAGAACAUGAAACUUAUUCUACUAAAAGGUAGAGAGAUAU